AUGGCGUGCCUAGCUGCUAGCUCCCAAGUCGCCUUCAGAGGCGUGGCUCUCAGCAAUCCGCAGGCGGUCAGCAGCGCGAGCGUGGGUGGAAAUGCCGCAAGACGGUCGGUGGUUCGCUGCAAGGUGGCCUCGCCUGGAGUCGAGAAGGCCGAUGCGUCCGCGUCCGCCGGCGAGUACACGCCGACCAACGACGCGUCCACGAUGAACCUCAUGACCGGCGCCAUCAAUGCGCUCUUCGGCUUCCAGCCUUUUUUCAGGUUCGCAGCGGGAAAGGCGCGUGAAAUGAUGGUCAAACGAGGCGACACCAUCGGAUUUCCAUGGGCGCCGCGCCUCGCGGAGCUCAAGCGGCACGACUGGGACGAGGAGCUGCGAUUGGUUGUUGCCACGAGCCGCGUCCCCAGGGAUGCCAGCGGGGAGUACGUCUACCCGGAGUACUACACGAAACCGUUCCACGCGUACGAAAAGGGUAACCUUUCGCUGGACGCGGCUCUGGAGGUGGAGCUGGCAGCGAAGGCUGUGCACGCACCAGUUUUCGACCCCGAGAGCAAGAAGCUAGACCCCGAGGGCGACGCGAAUCUACGGAGGGGGUACCACGCGAAGCUGGUGGAGCAGCUGCGCAUCCACCCCAAGAGCAUCGUCGACCUGGGCUGCGCGUCCGGCCUCAGCACCUUCGCCCUCGCCGAGACCUUCCCUGAUGCGGAGUUUAUUGGAGUGGACCUCUCGCCCUACUUCGUUGCAGCGUCCAACUACAACGUCCGGGAGAAGAGCAAGCAAGCGGGUCGCGAGCUGCCAUUCACGUUCAUCCAUGCAGCAGCAGAGGACACGGGGCUGCCUGCUGAAUCCGUGGACCUAGUGUCCAUCUGCCUUGUGUGCCACGAGCUGCCACGAUCAGCCACCAAGAAGAUCAUAGAGGAGGCGCACCGCAUCUUGAGGCCAGGGGGCGCGUUUGCAGUGAUGGAGAUGAACCCGCGCUCGCCCUUCUUCCAGAAGAUCUCCAACAACCCCUUCACCUUCGCUGCUUUCAAGGCAACGGAGCCAUACCUGGAUGACUACCGCACGUUCCCCAUUGAGGAUGCCAUUGCAGAGAGAGGCUUUGAGUACCCGCAGCAGAUGGAGAGCAGCCCUCGCCACCGCUGCAUUGUUGCCCACAAGCUGUAA